AUGGGUCGAACUACAUCACAUGUUUCAUGCUUUUCGCUCCAAAUUGACGAGGACUGCUUGAAGAGCAAAGGAGAAGCGAUCAAUCUCAAGGGGAUCGCGGAAGAGGCGCACAACGUUCGGGUCCUGGGGUCCGGGGACGAGAUCAUAGUCCUCGCGCACGGGUUCGGAACGGACCAGUCCGUGUGGAAGCACCUCGUGCCCCACCUGGUCGGCUCGUGCCAGGUCGUGCUGUACGACAACAUGGGGGUGGGGACCACCAACCCCGAGUACUUCGACUUCGAACGGUACUCAUCCCUUGAGGGCUUCGCAUACGACCUGCUCGCGAUCCCGGAGGAGCUGGGGAUAGUCCAACCAUGCAUCUUUCUUGGCCACUCCCUCUCCACCAUGGUCGGCGCCCUGGCCGCCAUUGCCUGCCCUGACCUCUUCUCCAAGAUCAACAUGCUCGCCGCUUUGCCGAGGUACUUGAAUGAUUCGGAGUACUAUGGCGGCUUUGAGCAAGCAGACCUCGAUCAACUCUUUAAGGCAAUGCAAGAGAAUUACAAGGUGUGGUGCUUCGGUUUUGCACCUUUAGUCAUCGGCGGCGACAUGGACUCAGUGUAUGUCCAGGAGUUCAGCCGAACCCUGUUCAACAUGAGGCCCGACAUAGCGCUGUGCAUCGCCUGAACCAUUUUCCAGAGUGAUAUGAGGCCUUACCUCGGCUUGGUUAAUAUGCCUUGCCACAUAAUUUAAAGCAUGAAGGACUUGGUUGUGCUGGUGGGAGUGUCCGGGUACUUACACCAACAUCUGGGGGGCAAGUUGAUUAUUGAGAUGAUGUCGUCGGAAGGCCACCUAUUGCAAUUGAGCUCGCCGCCGGAGAUGGUCAUUCCAAUGCUACUAAGGCAUAUUUGCCGCAAUCCUAUGGCCUAG